ACCCCAUGAUCUGUAAAUAUCUUAGAGAAACUGCGGGAUCUUAGAUGGUACUUUGUAGUUCAUUUGGCUGCUGCUGCUUCUUAUUAUUUUUUUUUUAAUUUUUUUUUUUUUCGCCUUUCUGUCUUUGGGGCUGAAGAGCUGGUGUGUCUCUGUGUGUGUUCCUCUAGAGUGCCUAAAAAAAAAAAAAAAAAAAAAAAAAGUGCUGAAGAGUCCUAGGGAGAUGAGGCUAUUUUUGUUUGAAGCUGAUACUUCUAGCUGAGCCACAAGUACUGCUUGGAAAGGGCUUAGGUUGUUUCCAGGGGGAGAACUCUGCAGAGGAGAGGCAAAGUUCAACAGGACAACAAAGAAGCAGCAGAAACAGCCAGGAAAACGAAGAGCCCCCAGAUUUUGACACAGAACCCUCCACCAGAGUUCUCAAAUCCUCAAAUACUCUGCAAAGUGCUACUUGACAGGAACUUUUCAACCGACUUUUACUUUUGACGACCACCAUGACUGAGAUCACUGCUGAAGGAAAUGCAUCUGCAACCACAACUGUGAUAGACAGCAAAAAUGGAUCUGUGCCCAAAUCCCCUGGAAAAGUGCUGAAGAGGACAGUCACAGAAGACAUAGUGACGACGUUCAGCUCCCCUGCAGCCUGGCUUCUGGUCAUUGCCCUGAUAAUCACGUGGUCAGCUGUUGCCGUCGUUAUGUUUGAUUUAGUGGAUUACAAAAACUUUUCAGCAAGCUCUAUUGCCAAGAUUGGCUCAGAUCCUUUAAAACUGGUACGUGAUGCUGUGGAGGAAACCACGGACUGGAUCUAUGGCUUCUUUUCUUUGUUAUCUGACAUCAUCUCAUCUGAAGAUGAAGAAGAUGAUGAUGGUGAUGAAGAUACUGAUAAAGGAGAAAUAGAUGAGCCUCCCUUGAGAAAAAAAGAAAUACACAAAGAUAAGACUGAAAAACAAGAGAAACCUGAAAGGAAAAUACAAACCAAAGUUACACACAAAGAAAAAGAAAAGGAAAAAGUAAGAGAAAAAGAAAAACCUGAAAAGAAAGCAACUCACAAGGAAAAAAUUGAGAAAAAAGAAAAACCAGAAACAAAGACAGUGGCAAAAGAACAGAAAAAAGCUAAGACUGCAGAAAAGAGUGAAGAAAAGACUAAAAAGGAAGUGAAAGGUGGAAAACAGGAGAAAGUGAAGCAAACAGCUGCAAAAGUAAAAGAAGUACAGAAAACACCAUCAAAACCCAAAGAAAAGGAGGACAAAGAGAAAACAGCUGUGUCAAAGCAUGAACAGAAAGAUCAGUAUGCAUUCUGUCGAUAUAUGAUUGACAUAUUUGUCCAUGGGGAUUUAAAACCAGGACAAAGCCCAGCCAUUCCACCUCCAUUACCGACAGAACAAGCUUCCAGACCCACUCCGGCAUCACCUGCCCUUGAAGAAAAAGAAGGGGAAAAGAAGAAGACUGAGAAGAAAGUUACUUCUGAAACAAAAAAGAAAGCAGAAAAAGAAGAUGUCAAAAAGAAAAGUGAGAAGGAAACUGCCAUUGAUGUGGAAAAAAAAGAGCCGAGAAAAGCUUCUGAAACCAAACAAGGGACUGUAAAAAUUGCAGCAAAAGCAGCAGCUAAAACGGGUGAAAAGAAGGAAGAUUCCAAGAAAACAAAAAAACCCGCAGAAGUAGAACAACCCAAGGGAAAAAAACAGGAAAAGAAAGAAAAACAUGUGGAACCAGCAAAGUCACCAAAGAAAGAACACUCAGUUCCAAGUGAAAAACAAGUAAAAGCAAAAACUGAACGAGCCAAAGAAGAGAUUGGUGCUGUUUCAAGUAAAAAAGCUGUACCUGGAAAGAAGGAAGAGAAAACAACCAAGACAGUGGAGCAAGAAAUGAGAAAAGAAAAAUCUGGGAAGACUUCUUCAGUUCUGAAAGAUAAAGAACCUAUGAAAGGGAAAGAAGAGAAAGUUCCAGCUUCCCUAAAGGAAAAAGAACCUAAAACUAAAAAAGAUGAAAAGAUGUCCAAAGCAGGCAAAGAGGUCAAGCCUAAACCUCCACAACUACAAGGAAAAAAAGAAGAGAAGCCAGCUAUAUCUGAAAAAGUGAAAAUACACAAACAAGACAUAGUGAAAUCAGAAAAGACUGUUCCUCAUGGUAAACCAGAAGAAAAAGUUCUCAAGCAGGCAAAAGCUGUCACAAUAGAAAAAACAGAAAAAGCUGAACAUCGAGAAAGAGAACCUCCAUCUAUAAAAACAGACAAACCAAAACCAACUCCAAAAGGAACAUCAGAAGUCACAGAAUCAGGGAAGAAGAAAACUGAAAUAUCUGAAAAAGAAAAUAAAGAAAAAGCAGACAUGAAGCCUCUUAAAGAAGAAAAAGUCUCAACAAGAAAAGAAAGACUUCAAUUACACAAUGUGACAAAAGCAGAAAAACCUGCAAGAGUAUCAAAAGAUGUUGAAGAUGUACCAGCUACAAAGAAAGCUAAAGAAGAAACUGAAGAUGUGUCUCCCACAAAGAAGCAGAAAAGUCCCAUCAGUUUCUUCCAGUGUGUCUACUUGGAUGGGUACAAUGGCUAUGGAUUUCAGUUUCCUUUCACUCCUGCAGACCGCCCUGGAGAGAGCUCUGGUCAAGCAAAUUCUCCAGGACAGAAGCAACAAGGACAGUAAACACACAUGUAUGACCCUUACAAGUGCUUUAAGAUUUUAAAAAUGUGAUGUUUUGUCCACAAUAGUUCAGGCAAUUAAGAAUAUGCAACCCAGAGAAUUUCUGUGAAAACAUUUUGCUCUUUGGCCUGGUGUGGACGGAAAGGGUGGUCAAAUGGAUUGAGUGAUGAGCAGACAUGUUUAAGGGUCUAAGUCUCAAGAAUCUGUUAUGUGUGUUUGCUGUGGUGGUAGGGGGUGCUUGUAUUUAUCUUAUUUCUAGUCACUAUGAGGUUGUACACAAACUAAUUUAAAGUUUACUUAAUAAUGGUAUCUUUAAAAUAAUUGACACAAUUACGAAAUGAAUUCCUGGCUUCAGUUAGCUAUUAUUUUUUUGAUGACAACAUAGACUGUGGUCUAAGUUUAAAAGAUGGGGAAGCUUAUAUAAAAGUGACUCUUUUGCAUCAUAUGGGUAUCUAAACUUAAUUUACCCAAUAAGUUGAUGCUUAAUGAUUUUAUUUUAUUUUUGUCUAUUUCUAUUUUAGUUGUGGCUUUGCUCUAAGAAUGGGUAAUAGUUGUACUACAGACUGCUAUAAAUUUCUUGUGAUACUCUUUUCAAGCUCAAAAUAUCUCUGAGCUUUAGACAUGGUAAGAUGGAGAGUAAAUGCUUGAUAAAUCUUUAAGAUACGUCUUGAAUGAUAAUUAGGACAUUCAGUCCAGUGGAAAUAUACCAUUCAAUUAGGCAGGUCUGGUGAAUCAUUUGUUUAAAAUAUUAGCAAAUGAGAUGUGGAAUUCUGAAGUUUCUCCAGACUGUGUCCUAAUAAAAAUGUCACCUGGGUGAAAUUUUAGAUCAAUCACUAAAUUUGGGUGACAGAUAUAAAAAUAUUUUCAUUUCAUUUUAAUAUAUUCUUUCUGUGAAGUAAAAUGUUUUUCUUUCUCAUAAUGGCAAAAUAUGAAUGCCAUCAAAGUUUAAGGAAUUCAUUUUAGCCUUAAAUGCCUUCAUGAGAUGUCUUACUUAUAUUUUAGGUAACUAGUCAUCAGUGCCAAUGACAUGGAUACCAAUUUUUAAUCUACUCGACAGUGCAUCACUGGGAAUGACUGUUAUGUUUUUGUCAUAUUCCUAGUAAAUAAAUACUCGUGUUCUUUACUGCAUUGUUUUUAUCAACUCUAAAAGUCAUGCCUCUGUGACCUUUAUCAUGUUUACAAUUGCAAGUGAACUUAUGACAAAUUAACUCAGGAAAUAAAUUGAGUUAUCCUUUCUAGCAUUGUAAUUGUCAUCAGCAAGGCCUGAGAUAGCCAGAGCCAAUACUAGCCAAGUGAUUUAUUUUCAAAGAUUGCCACUAACUAUGGUUCUUUAGGACCAAGAUAUAAAACAGUUUCACUAAAAAUCAUUAGGCUAGGUAUCAGUAGUACAUUCAUUACUAAUAAUGGAUUUUUGGAGACUUUUGUGAAAGAAGUUGGUCUCCGCCAGAAGCUGGUGGACCUCAUUCAUACCACGAAAGCCAGUGUUACAUGAACCAGAUUAAUGACUCUCUUUAUGGGGAAUGUGGGACAUCCUGGAAGUGUAUAAUUUCAGGAAUGACCAGACAAUACCAUCUUGCAAAGCCCCUUCAGGUGACAAUCCGAACUUGUGGGUAGGAGAGUGCAUAAAGUUUAUUGCUCAACUGCUCCUCCAGCCUGCUCAAUUUACUGAGUAAAGAAAUAGCAAAUAUUAUAGAUGUUUUAGAUUUCAUAGAACAGAAUGGUUUGUCCAUUAAUUCUUUCAUUCAAUGACUGUUUAUUGAAUACCUACUCUUUUAGGGCACUGUGUUAGGUACUGUAUUCUAUAAGAAAAAUAUAAUAAAUUAGAUUCCCAGUGCUAUACUGAUGUAGUGAAUGACCUUGAAAAAUUUACUAAACAUACUAUGUUUGUUUCUCCAUGAGUAAAAUAGGGAUAUAGGGACAAACAGUUUAAUAGCUCAUAGAAAUACCAAGGAGACAAAUAAAAUAUUUUAAUAUAAAUAUGAUAUUAAAGUAAAUUUCUGAAGUAAUACUUUUGGAUAUGGCACCAAUUUUUCCUCUAUUUUACUGUUUCUUUCACUCUCAAUAUAAAAACUAUUUGAUAAGAUAAAACAUGACAUAUUUUAUUGUAAUUAGAAUUUAGACAAAUCAGCUAUAAUGUAAACAAUGUUAAUAAUAAUUAUGUUUUAUCUGAUUAAAGUUACAAUGAUCAUAGCAGUUUAAAAAUAUUAUCUAAACUAUCAUUUGUUUGUAUGUUACCAUCAAAUAAAAAAGUUAUAGAUCUUCCAA